AGGGCACAUAUGGUACGUGAUAUUCAUCAUACCCCGAAGUCGACGAGCUCGAAGACGAUUCAGAUGACCUCCACCCGAAAUGCGACGAUGAAAUACGGUGAGAAUUGGAUUCUGGGGUCGCCCGCUUGGACGUGCCCAAAGCAGAACGACACCGUCUGGCCAGUCCAAAAGGCAAUGAUGGUUUGUUUUUCAGUACGGGCAUACUUAAGUUCGGAACGCGCAUGAGCGUGGAAAACGUCGGUGUCCGGGGCCGACUUUUGGGUUUCGUCGUGUUCGUCGCGUUACCGGAUGUGGGGUUGGGAAGACCACCCACCAUCGAACAAGCGAGAUACUUGCUUGCCUAUCGCUUUGUGGUCGUCAUCAAUCCAGCUAAUUGUUCUCCCACCAUAACAAUAUCAUUGCACCUUUUCAAAGACCGCGACGGCAUGAUAAUUCAUCGCGGCAAGUGGCUCACCAAGGAAGUUUACUAUUUUUGUCUCAAUGGACAAAGCGUCAUUACCUGGCUGAGUGGGUUGAUGGCCAACGGAUGGCUGGAAGGUGAUCUAGGGUGUCUCAUUUUCGCUGGGUGUCAUGCGGGACAACACAUUGAGAUGGGAUGCAUCGUCCACCGAUGGUCAAAUUAGAACACAAUACGGAAUAAUGGGUCCAUGCCGUGUGCGAAGUAUUUGUGAUGUCUUCAAGAGGCGUUCCGGGCGUUGUACAGCAUAUACGACCACGGUGAGGUUAUUCCAUCCGAUUGCACAAUUACACAGCUUGGCAAGGAAUCCACCAUCCGGCGGCGCGACCUUCGCCCUCAAAAAAUAGUGGAGGACGACCAUAUUAUGAGAACGCCCUUUGAGAGCU